UUCAAUCAUUUAACUAACCAGCCAACAAUUUUACCAACUACUGAUUUUACUUUUAACAUUUUGAUUGGAGUAACAGAAGUAUAAUCCAAGAUUUGACUUUGAGCACUGUAAUCUCCAUGCGCAUUUCCAGUGUGAACAUUCCAAGAUCAUCACUAGAGUCUGUUGUCUCACAUGUUUACUUUAAUAUAUAUAUAAAUAUAAUUCACAUGGCGCAAACCCCAUUUGAAAUAAAGCCUCCUUCAUCACCAACUCUCCAACCAUAAAUAUUUCUUUUCUCUCUCAAAUCUAUCAUUGUUGAAUUCUCCAGCUACCCAUCUUCACCUUUUCUCUUAUUACUCUUUCCCCAUUCUUGCCCAAUGUAAUUUCGUCUCUUCAAUCUCAAUUCUUUUCUUUUCUUUUCUUUUCUAUCUCCUCUUAAUCUCUGGGAUUUCUGGGUUAUUUGAUCCUUUGCUUAUCUCCCUCUUGUUCUACCCGCAGAAUAAAUUCUUGGCUUGUUAUGUUCCAUCAUCUUUUACGAUCUUAAAGCAAGAAGCAACCAGAAAAUGUCUCAGAAACUGUAACCCAAUUCAUCUUUAAGCCUAAUCCAUUCAUUAAAAUGACUAGAAUUCUACAAGAAAUCAAUCAGACAGAUGGGGUUUUGAUUCACCCACCUCCUCCAGUUUCACUCUCUUUAACUCCUUACUACAGUGUUCCACAAUCUACUCCAUCGUCAUCAUCAGCUUUGAGCAAAAUCAGUCCAGUGCUUCUUCUGAUAAUAGCAAUUCUAGCUCUCAUCGUCUUCAUCUCUGGUCUUCUCCAUUUACUUUUCAGAUUUUUAAUAAAGCGGCCAUCUUUUUCCACAAUCUACCAAUCCAAUCGAUACCCGCAAACCUCCACCUCUCAAACUCUUCAAAGACAAUUGCAGCAUCUCUUUCGCUUGCACGACUCAGGCCUAGACCAAGUUUCCAUUGAUGCCUUGCCUGUGUUCUGCUACAAAGACAUAGUGGGACUAAAGGAGCCAUUUGAUUGUGCUGUUUGUUUAUGUGAAUUCUCAGAUCGUGACAAGCUCAGAUUACUCCCGGCCUGUAGUCAUGCCUUUCACAUCGAUUGUAUUGACACCUGGCUUCUCUCAAACUCUUCGUGUCCUCUCUGCAGAGGGACCCUUUCAAGUUCUGGCCUUUUGGUCGAAAUCCCACUACUCGAUCUGCAAAUCUCGGGAGAAACGCAAAAUGGGGUCUCCAUUGAUGGAGAAAAUACGUUGUCUUCUGGUCAUAAUACAGUGAUUAAGGAAGACAAGAGUUCAAAUUCAAAGAGAGUGUUUUCAGUGAGACUCGGCAAAUUCAGAAGCUUAAAUGAGAGUGGAAAAAAUGGUGGAGAAAUUGGAAAUGGAGAAAGCAGUAGGUGUAAUUUGGAUGGGAGGAGAUGUUACUCAAUGGGUAGAUUUCAGUAUAUUGUGGGGGAUUACAGUCUGGAAGUAACACUAAAUGAUUUGAAGUUAGUGAAAGGAAGAGAAGGAGAUGAAGUGGAGGGUAAGAGAAUUAGUGGGAGAAGUAGAGGUGAUAGCUUCUCUGUGUCCAAGACAUGGCUGUGGUCUAAGAAUAAGAGAUUCCCAAGCUCCGCAAAUACUCCAAAGGUGGCCCUGUCUCUUUCUCCUUCUUCUUCUUCUUCUUCUUCUCCUAUCAUGACACCGCCUAAUAAUGACAUAACUCAAAAGGGUAUAAAUAUGGUGUAGUCACUUCAACUUUUCUUUUUCUUUUGUGUUUUUUACUCCAGUUUUCUUUUGUUGGUCAUUAAAUCCAUAAGAUUUGUGCAAGUGCAAAUUUCUGUUUUUAUUUUUUGGAGAGAAUG